CUGAUAUAAUAAACCCUUUAACUCUGCCUCGAAUCGUUUAGUUCCUUGUACAGCGACCAAUUCUCGCAAAAUCGCAGUAUCCUCACAUUUCCCAAUUCGGGUGCUGACCCACCCCACCAUGAUCACAGCCCCGAUGAUCCUAUAUUCCACGCACACUUUGUUCACGUCAAUCCUCUCCACCUCGCACUUUCUUGAUUCCUCUCUAAAUCUUUUGCAUAAGUUCAUCCCAAACAGCUUGAAUCUGACUUUGAGGGACUGAUCAUAGCGGGGCAACACGGUUUCAGCUCUAGGCAUCCACCAUCGUACUUCAGCCUUGUCUCGGCGGAUCAGAAACAUAAAGCAGCUUGUUGUUGAUUGAGGCCAUCGCGAUCACUAAGACCCGUCACAGUUCACUCACCACGAAACACGGUGAUUCGCCUACAGACUCCAGGACAUCAAAUGCAACAUGCGACUUCUCGACGUGCAUACUAAGAAGCUACACACGUUCUACAACGACAUUCCGCCGUACGCUAUAUUAUCGCAUACAUGGCUUUUGGAUAGCGAGGAAGUCACUUUCGCCCAAAUACAACAUCCAGAGCGAUGCGCGCGCACCAAAGGCUUCGAAAAGAUUGAAUUUCUGUGCCGUCAAGCUGCAGAGGAUGAACUGCAGUACGCUUGGAUUGAUACGUGCUGCAUCGACAAGACUAGCAGUGCCGAGCUAUCAGAGGCUAUUAAUUCCAUGUUUGACUGGUAUAAGCAAAGCUAUGUCUGCUAUGCAUUGCUUACAGAUAUCGAUAGCAAAGUGGACAGUUUCCAUAAUAGCAGGUGGUGGUCAAGAGCAUGGACAUUGCAAGAGCUGUUGGCUCCGUUGACGCUUAUAUUUUACGAUAAAAAUCACGAACAAAUCGGAACGAAGGCUUCGAGGGCGUCCGAGAUAGCGAAAGCUACUGGGAUUGAUGAAGAGCUUCUCAAGCUGCCUUUGUAUCUGGAUAUUGGCAGCUUCAGUGUUGCGCAGCGCUUAUCUUGGGCCGCGAAACGCGUGGCGACUCGCACAGAAGACAUCGCCUAUUCGCUUCUUGGCGUGCUCCAAGUCAACAUGCCUCUGUUGUAUGGUGAAGGGGAGAGGGCGUUCGCGCGAUUGCAACGUGAGAUUCUGCAAAAAGAGCUGGAUCAGAGUCUAUUUGCAUGGUCAUUCGAACGGCAUCCCGGACGCAAUAUUCCAGACAAAUACGGAGAACGGUUUAGAGAUGGCAACGAAGGUGGCUUAUUAGCUUCGCAUCCGGCGCAAUUUGCAAACUGUGGGGGGAUCAGCAUGUUGCAACCUUACAGCUUGAGCUCCGAGAUCCGCGAGUUUGCUGGCGGUCAUCAGUUGGAGAUGUACAUUUUCCCAUGCAAGGUGAACUCUCAUCUCGGGCCCUACUAUGUCGGUCUGCUUCCGUGUACACAUGUUGGGUUCCAGGAUAGGUUCGUUGGCAUCCUUUUACGACAGCUGGGAGAUAGCGCACCGAUAUCUACAAGCGACAGGACGUCGCCCGUACAAGCUAGCUUCACGCGAGUAACUGUAUUGUCAUUUCUGGUACACAAAAGCGAAGCUCAUGAUGCUAUACGUAUUCCCAUUCAUAUCAGACGCGAAUCCCACCAAGGUGCAUUCAGUCCCACAAUUAGAAUGAGCGGCGGAGGGGAUCAACUGGAAACGCGUACCAUCACGAUCGUCAACGGCACAUCCUACACAUUCGGGGGAUACUCUUCAAAAACUUGGAAACACGUCACAAAUCAACACUCCCAUCAGUAUAUUGAGUCAUGCGCAUCUCCUGGCUCACACAGCUCUGUAAUACUGGGCUUCCUGAGUGAAGAAUUUCCGAGAACUUUGCUGAUAGUGAUACUCGACCUGGACUGUGACUCUGAUGUCUCCUGCGAUUUCAUAUUCGUGAAGUUCUUCCAAGAUAGUGACAAACCAGUCAAAAGAUUACUAGAUAAUGUGCGAGAUGGCGAUCGAUCAUUGGAUAUCCAUCGAUUUGAGGAAGGCGAUGUGGAAGUGAAGGUGAAGACUCAAACAAUUUUUGGGGAAGUACUUCGCGCUCUGCAUCUGGAGCGAAAGAUUGUCAAGCUUUCUGCUUAUGAAUCUUGGGGCAUGGCUCUGGAGCUGGCGGAAGAAGAUGAGUUUGAUUAA